UGCUCUAUGGCUGAACCUGAGCGACGCCAACCCGGCCACAGCAAGGGGUGGGGGAAUGGAACAUCCCGGACUGAACCAACUGGGGGCUGGAGCAUGACACCCCCCCCGUCCUUGAGAGGAGGGUGGAACCCCCUCAAAUGAAAUGGUUCCUCCCGAAUGGGGCUCACUAUCUUGCCGCCCCCAUAAACCCCGUCCCCGCCACCGCCCUCCCCCUCAGGACAGCUUGGUACAGCCCAACAGGGGCGCGGGCGCGGGAGCGGGGGGGGGGUGUUAAAAGUCCCGGGGAUCUUAAAGGAGUAACGGCCAUUUGUUCUUCUCGCUCAGCGCAACAGCAGGGCUGGUGCAUUGGUUGGGGAGGACCCCAGGGCUGGUGCAGGGGGGCAGGGCUGGUGCAUUGGCUGGGGGGGCCCCCAGGGCUGGUGCAGGGGACAGGGCUGGUAUAUUGGCUUGGGGGGACCCCAGGGCUGUCUGAGGGGGAAGGCAGCAGACCCCGCACCCACAGAGAUGAUGAAGGACGAAAACAUCUUCCUCUUCGUGCCGAACCUCAUUGGCUACGCCCGGAUCCUUCUCCUCUUCGUCGCCUUUUAUUUCAUGCCGAGCGACCCGGGCCCGGCCGCCGCCUCCUACCUGCUCAGCGGCCUGCUGGACGCGUUUGACGGCUACGCAGCCCGGGCCCUCAACCAAGGGACCCGGUUCGGCGCCAUGCUGGACAUGCUGACCGAUCGCUGCGCCACCAUGUGCCUGCUGGUGAACCUGGCGCUGCUGGACCCGCCCCGCGCCCUCCUCUACCAACUCAGCAUGAGCCUGGACGUCGCCAGCCACUGGCUGCACCUGCACAGCUCCGUGAUUCGGGGCAGCGACAGUCACAAGAGCAUCGACCUGACGGGGAAUCCGGUGCUGCGGGUGUAUUACACCUCGCGGCCCGUCCUCUUCCUCAUGUGUGCAGGCAACGAGCUCUUCUACUGCACGCUGUACCUGCUGCACUUCACCGAGGGGCCUGCAGUGCUCCCCGGACGCCUGGGUCUUUUCCGUCUCAUCUUCUGGGUCUCGACUCCCAUCGCUGCCCUCAAGUCCCUCAUCAGCCUCGUGCACCUCGUCUCUGCCUCAUGCAACAUGGCAGCCCUGGACAUGGCCGAGCGGGCCAAGAAGAAGUAGCAGUGGGGGAGGGGGAGGCUGGCAGAGACAACGCCCCCCAGUCCUGAUGGGACCAGCCCCCCCUCCCUGGGGUGGGCUCCCCUUGAUUGGCUAGAAACCCACCAAUCGCAGUGUUGUGUGCUUGUGGCGCUGGCGUGAUGUUUCCCACAAUGCUUUGCAGCGGGGGCGCAGAAGUUCUGCCAAACUUGUAGCCCCGUCCCCCCCUGCCAUGAUGCUUUGUGCCCUCUGGGGAGGGGGGAGGAGGGGGCAGGAUUAACUGACUAGGGACGAUAUUUAUCCCACAGGUCCACUUCCCGCAGUGGUUUGCAGCGGUCCCUGCGCCUUGAUGAGGUGGGGGAUGUCACUUCUGCCUCCCCUUGUUUCCCACAAUGCUGCUGUGGUUUAUUCCAGCUCCCUUGGUUUCCCAUGAUGCUUUGUACUUGGUUGGGCAGUGGCUGUAUUUAUACCUGACCCCCCCAAUUUCCCACAAUGCUUUGUGCUCCCAGGCAGCACCUGACGGUGGGAGUUUGGGAUUGUUUUCAAGGCUCCUGAUCCAUUUCCCAUCAUGCUUUGCACUCCCGUGGAUGCCAUAUUGGUUCCUCCUGUUCCCAUGAUGCUUUGCCCUUGGGGCAAUCACUCUAUGGGGGAAGGGUCACCUUUCCAGAUCCCCCCAUGCCUCCUUUUCCUUCCCACAAGGCUUGGCGGGAGGGUGGCCAUGUUUUUUUGCCCUGCCUGCUCUCCCCUGAGUGCAGACUCCUCGCUGCCCCUGGUGUGUUGGGGGGUCUUGCAGGGGUGUCGCCACCCAGGGG